GGCGGCGGCGAGCAGGAGACCCAGGAGCUGGCCUCCAAGCGCCUCGACAUCCAGAACAAGCGCUUCUACCUGGACGUGAAGCAGAACGCCAAGGGCCGCUUCCUGAAGAUCGCCGAGGUGGGCGCCGGGGGCUCCAAGAGCCGCCUCACCCUCUCCAUGGCCGUGGCCGCCGAGUUCCGCGACUACCUGGGGGACUUCAUCGAACACUAUGCGCAGCUGGGGCCCAGCAGCCCCGAGCAGAUCGCGGCGGCGGCGGCGAGCGCCGAGGACGGCGGCGGGCCGCGGCGGGCGCUCAAGAGUGAGUUUCUGGUGCGGGAGAACCGCAAGUACUACCUGGACCUCAAGGAGAACCAGCGCGGCCGCUUCCUGCGGAUCCGCCAGACCAUCAACCGCAUCGGGGGCGGCUUCGGCGGCGGCCCGGGGCCCGGGGGCCUGCAGAGCGGCCAGACCAUCGCCCUGCCCGCCCAGGGCCUCAUCGAGUUCCGCGACGCGCUGGCCAAGCUCAUUGACGACUACGGCGGCGAGGAGGACGAGCUGGCCGGGGGCCCCGGAGGCGGCGGGGGCGGCCCCGGCGGGGGCCUGUACGGGGAGCUCCCCGAAGGCACCUCCAUCACUGUGGACUCCAAGCGCUUCUUCUUCGACGUCGGCUGCAACAAGUACGGCGUGUUCCUGCGAGUGAGCGAGGUGAAGCCGUCCUACCGCAAUGCCAUCACCGUCCCCUUCAAGGCCUGGGGCAAAUUCGGAGGUGCUUUUUGCCGCUAUGCUGAGGAGAUGAAGGAGAUCCAGGAGCGCCAGAGGGAUAAGCUUUAUGAACGACGUGGUGGGGGCAGCGGCGGGGGGGAUGAGUCUGAGGGUGAAGAGGUGGAUGAGGAUUGAACCCCGACAGGCCGCCCUCACCCCACCAACGUCCCCUUGUGUAGAGCUUUUUCCUGCUCCUCUCCAAGUGAGAGAGCGAGGAGGAGCAAGGGAGGCCCCAGGGGGAGAAAACAACAUAAAAAACAAUCUAGUUAAUGAAAUAAUCAUAAGAGAAUAAACUGUGGCCGUGAAGUUAUAAUGGACUGACAGCAACCUGCAGAGAGGACAAUUGCAUCUAUAUUUUGAGAACAAAAUACGUCUCAGCUUCCGUUUUUGGGGGGGUGUGGGUUUUUUUUUUCCAGCUAAGGUUCCUAAACCCACCAGGGAUAACCAAGGAAAGGAGAAAUCUGUACAUUGUGGGCCAACGGACAACAAACAUCAGAGUUACCCAGACCUACUGUUGAUUUAAGUUUGUGUUCUUGUGUGAUCUGGUCAAAAAUACAUCUCCAGACCUUACUGUUCAUGUCUACCCCUUCACCUCCAUUGAAAUCAGUAUUUUCAAUCUAGGACUUCAAGGAAUUUUUGAGAAGAGAGAAGCCAUUGCAGUACCCAGUUCAGAGAAUACAGGUUAUUUUAAGAGAAACACAACUUUAAAUAAUCAUGGGCAGGGCAAAAUAAAAAUUCAAAAUUCCAUUGGAUACAGAAACAGAUUGGAUCCAUUUAAAAAAAACAGGUUUGGGAUGUUGGACGGAACCGGGACCAAAGCCCAUGCCUUGUCUUUGCAGAAUUGUUUUCUAGAUGCAAAUGAAUUAAAUGAUAACCAGUGCUUCAGCAAGAAUCCAUUACUGAAAUAGUUUAAAAGUUGGCGAGAUAUUUUGAAGAUAAAACAUUGGAGGUUGUUAAGGUAGACAUGAGAAAUUGGGCACCAAGCCCACAUAAAGCUGAGUGGAUUGGUUGCUGCUCUCUGAAGUUCUGACUUGACUCCAAACAAUGGAGGUCGUCACCAAGACAUGGCUUGGGUUUAAAUGAGAGCCAGAUCCCCAUGGUGCAAUUGAAUUGUGGAUAACUUUUGGCCUCUGGUCAUCUGGGUUUCCAACUAUAGAACAUGAAGAAUUCUACAAAAGUAGUGUGGCCACAAGUCUGAGCUUUAAUAGAAAAUACAGCUUAAUAGAAAAGUUGGAAAUAACCAAAACUGAAGUCAUUUACCUUCAUUUUAAUCUGUGGAUUUGUUUAAAUACUAAAAAGCCUCAGGUCCUGAAUUCCAGCAUCAACUUUUCUUUGAAAUGUUUUCCAGAACUUGCUCCAUUGUAUCAGUACCUCACACUCAAAGUUGGCAAAUGAUGCAUGAGAAUGAUUCAAAGCAGCACCCCUGAUAGAAGCUGAAAUCCAUCUCUAAAUGGAACUCAAGUGAACAUGAAUAUUAUAUCCUGGAAGCAUUUUUAUACCAUCUUGAAAUUUCAGCAAACAUUUUUGCCAGGUUAUCCAGCUAUCUGAAGAAUAAAAGUUGGGUUUUCAAGGAUCGCCUCCUCCAUAUUUUAAAUGAAUUCUCAUUAGAAGUGAAUUUUUUUUUCUAAUCAAGUUACUCCUGGUCCCAUCAAAAGUCGUCGUUCCUUUAAAUGUUAAAUACCUAAGUAACUAUGAACUAAAUGGGAUUUAUUCUUUCCAAAGUUUUCAGGUAUAACACCUCACCUGGGAGGCAAGUAACCCCAUCUCCAUCUUUUUUAACUGCAUGCCUGCCCUUUAUUUGAGCUGCCUUUUUAAUUUAUUGCAUACCCUUUUUAUUAUCUUCUUUUGGUAGUCAAUCUAUACAAUCUUUGUAUUUAUUGGGAAGUAAUAUACAAAAGUAAUUUACAUGCAUCUGUGGCUGAGAAGAAGUGAAUAGUGUAUAUAAAUUUAGGCUUUUUUAAAAAAUUAGACUCCAGAAUAUUGUCAAUCUUAGAUUUUUAAAAAAAAUUCAAGAGCCACAAGCAUUGGUGCCCUUUUCAGACUAUUUCUCUAAUCAUCCACAAUAGACUUUUUAAAUGUUUUUUUUUUUAAGCUUUUCUUUAAAAAAACAAUUCUCCAUUGCAAAGAAUGUUUCCUAAAUUGUAUGGGAGCAAUAGUAUUUUUGAUGUUAUAAUUACAUCCCUACACUUGUACUGUAUUUUGUACUACAAGGCAGCUGUUUUCAAAAAUGUCCUGCUGUAUUUACCUGUGUUUUGUUUGAAUGUUUAUUUCUUUGCUGUGGAGAACAAAAUCCUAAAUUUUUUGUAAAGGAGGUGAGAUGUUCACAUUAGGCUUGCAGAAACUGUUUAAGUGUCAAAAGUUUGAGGCAGCAGUGAAAAUUAAGAUUGCAGCUAUUAGUUGAUUGCUAUAACUCAUUUUCACUCCAUGUACAAUUCCUGUAUGAUCCACUUGUUUCGUUUCAGUGAUAGUUCUGUUGCUCAGCUGCAGUGAGCCAGUUCAACUUUGCAAAGGUGCAAUACCUCUCCUUGUCAAGGGGUUGGUUGAUUCUGUUUUCUUUUUGUUUGGUUGAAUUGCAGUAACUAGCCUUGCCCUUUCUAUUCUAUAGAAAUGACAGGGUCUUCACAACCCUUUACCAGUGGCUACUAAACUAUAAUUAGCUGAAUAGAAAUAUGUGGAAGUGGUCUGAGGCAUAUAGAGUAUAUGCUAAGAACACUACCAUAUAUGGCAUCAGCUUUGGUUACCAGAGAAAUUUUCUUAGUCAUUAGACCAUAUAGCAGUAAUAUAUCAUAUGUAAAUCUUUAGAUACCAAUUUGAUAGUCCUCCAAGAAAAGGAGCAAAGAAUGCAUAAGCUAUGUGUUGGAAAAAGUAAUUUAUAUUAAAAUUCUGACCUGCCUAUGUAGGAGUAAGUGGUAAAUGUCAUAGUGGUGGGUUUUUAAGUCUUAACCAAUCUUGAAGAUUUGUUUCUCCUGCAGUUCAUGGCCUCUCUUCCCAUUGCAGGAAGAUUGCAGAGGAUAUGGAUUAAUUGUAGCAUUUCACUAAUCCUCAUUCCGGUCACUAGGGACAAUAGAAAUUUGCAAAGCACAGAGUGGUUUAUUAAACAAGAUGGUGUUAACAGGCCAUCUUUCAGAAUUCAUUCAAAUAUAAGUUAUUAACAAAUGGUCUUUGUUAAAUCCACGCAGUUAAUGGUAUUAUACAAGACUGGAAAAUGCCCUUUUGUAUGGGGGGAGGGAGGGUUUUAUUUCCAGCUGCUGCUAUGAACUGUGAUUUAGGGCAUGUCUUAACUCUGACAAGCAUCUAACUAAUCACAUGUUUAAAAUAGUCCUGUUUCUGAGAAGUAGGAGCCAAAAUUUCUUUUGGUAGAAGAUUUGUUUCUCAAACUACCACAGUUACAGAGGAAAGAAGUCAAAUUUUAGGUGCAGAAUCAAAAGAGCAAAAAUCUGUAGAGAGCCUAAUAGUCAUUUCUGGUUUCUAUUGUCCCUACCUAUUCUUCAGCAAGUGGAACUGUGGCAGUGCUGGUCAGCAACCUUCAGUGCAUUUGCUGCACCAAACAAAAUGGAAAUCUGUAUGGCACCAAAAAACAAAUUGAAAACCAAACCAAAAAUCAGACACCCUAUGUAAAUAAUUGAAGCGUGUAGGUGGUAUACACGCUUCAUGUAUGUAUGAAUGACUGUAGCUGCAAUACAAAUAUGGCUACGAGUCAAGUCAUUUCCCAUAAUUAUUUACUGCAAAAUGAUUGAGAGACUGGGUGCAGGCAGCCAUUAACUUCCUGCUUCCUUUGGUUACUCUGGAUCACUUUGCAAUAAGUGGCAGGUCUUUUAACAGAUUCAGGCUUCUGUUUUCUCAAAACAAUUAACCUGUCGUAUCUGAAAAUGCAGGGUUGUGGGCAAAAGAGGCUGGUUAUAAUAAAGCCCUCAUAUUGAGUGGUCUAGAAAUGGCUGCAUAUUUCAGGCACUAUAAUUACUAAGGACGAUUUCUUAAAUGUGACCUUCUCUGGCUUUACAGAGGUGUAGAAUGUGAUCUACACCACGUUUUCAAAGGUGAUUAUUUUCAUCUACCUUACUCUUGAGGUAGAAGAAAUUAAGAAGAAGCUUGAGUAUGUAAGCCAUGCACAUAGUAUUCUUCACUGUAAAUUUUGUUUUCAUUUCUAAUCCAAUGGUGGUACUUUGUCCAAUGCACAACUGAUCUCUCAGUAGAUAUUCAUUUGAAAAUAGUGUGGCCUUGAUCAGUGAGAAGGGGAAGAAGAGGAGAAUUGGGGUUUUUUUUGCUUAGGUAAAAAUGACUCAUUUGCUGAGAGUCAUAAAUCUGCAGCACUCUUAGUAUCUAUCUAAUGUAUUUGUGAUAGUCUGCUUUUUGAUUGGGGAAAGUGAAUGGUUUUGACUCUAGUUAUUCAAUUGAGUUGUCUUCUAUUUUUAGGAAGUAUCAGAACUGCUCUGAUGAGUAAGUUGAUGGCUUUGAUGUCCAAUCUCAGGUUUUAGAAUAUAGUGCAUUUAAAAUCCCACUUCGUAAAGCAAUUUUAAUUUAGUAUACCCUAAAAGUUCCAUGCAUAAGACCUGUUAGAGAGCAGGCCUUCUUCUUUUUGCUCCUUUUUCACUUUGUGCGUCACUUGAAAAGUGUCAAGUGAUUCUGCAUUGUAUAUUUCCAUUUAAGCCCUGGCAUAUUUCUCAAAGAUAAAGCACUUUUUUAUCAUGAAAUACAUGGAAUCUUUGUGUGAUGUGGAUCAUGGUUUCUCAGGCUUCCCUAGAUAAUCUGCUUAUGAAUAUUGUCUGUGUAAAAAAAGUAGAAAUAUUUGCUAAUGUUAGAAAGUUUGUAUUGAUCCAGAAUGCAUUUUGCUAGCUUCCAAUGGAUGGGAGAGUAAACAAUGCUGCAUUCAUAAUUCAAUAAAAUUACUUUCCCUUGAGCCUUAAGGUAACUUUUUUUUCCUGUCAACAACAGCACUAAAGUAGUAAAUGAAUGAGAUUAUCCUUUUCAGGGUUGGUUGUAGAGUACUGUAAAUUAAUAGCUGUCUUCCUAAAGAGUUAUUAUUCCCAUUGAAUCAACUGGAUAAUAGGUAUAUGGAUAGGGUUGGGGAGGGAGGUAUCUUACGUUUGAAGAAAAGAAAAAAUAUAGCCACAUAUAUCUUUUUUAAAAAAUAGAAGAGAAAAGAAGUACAUGUUAUUUGCCCUGUUUGAAAAUCCAGAUAUAAGGUGGAAAUGGCAAAUUAUUAUAACAUUUCUGUAUUUUGAUCCUAGAAAAAGUCAGUUUUCAAAUGUUAGCCCCAGAAGUUUCUAGAAACUUGAAUGGUUAGUUACUUUGCUAUUUAAUUAAUGUUACUUAUCCCAGCUUUCUGUCUUAAAACCUAGUUUCUUUAUCUAUGGAAAUAACAGGCUUCAGCAAAUGGGACCUAAUUGUCAGUACAGAAAUUUUAAAGUAAAUAUAUCAUAAAAACUUACCCUAGUGAUUCCUAAAUUUUAUCUGUACCCUUGAUCCAAGAAAGACCUUUGUGAUUGUAUUUCCUAUUUCCUAAUGAAAUAGGGCGCGUAAAUCUGUUACUUUAUUCCGCAGUCUGUUCAUUUCACUUAAAAGUCUAACUCAUGCCUAUCAUUUGGGAUAGAUACAGCCAUAUUAAAACAGCAAAUGCCAUACUCAGUAGGACUUUUGAUAAGGGGAAGACAAGUAAAAUGGAGAAAGAAACAUUUUUCUAAUGGUGAUAUGAACUUGCAAUUUGAUGGAAAAAAUUACUUUUAAGGAACAUGGUAACUUGGAGCAAAAUUCAUUUUUCCUGUUACAUAUAAUGUCCACUGAUGUGUAAGCAGGCUGAUUAUAUCUCUGUAAUAUGUCUAAGUGUGAAGUGUGGGCCCAAAAGACUGGAAAGAAAACAAUACACCUAUUCAAUUUACUGCCUAUUAGCAUAUCACAGAAGGCUUGCCUUUAUUGCCUUUCUCCCCCUACUUUAACACUUCAAAGGCCAACUAAAGAAAACUUAUUUAGACUCUUAUUUCUUAAAGGCAAAAUAUUUUAUCUCUAGUUUAACCCAGAAUUGAAAGAUUAAAUUAUUUAGGAAACUCUUCCGUGGGAAGUAGUUUGUUUCUUCUCUUUUUAAGUCUCCUUUUCAGAAGCCUGUAAUAGAGGAGGGAAAGAUGAAAACCAGGAUUAAUCAGUGCUAAACACAUGUUGUGUAGUAGGUCUUUGGGGGUUUACUUUAGACUGAUAGAAUAUUGGACGUAUUUAUUUUUCCUCCAAGCUGCAUGUUCCCCUGUGUACAAAAACUCUCGAGUUCUUAGGAGUGAUUAGUGGAAAGAGCAAAAAGUCUUGAAACACUCUUAAGUCAGUACAAGGCAUGUUACAGUCGCAGGGAAGUAUAUGAGUUUUGUUAUUGUGAGAUUUGCCAACAUUGGAAUAAUAACUAAGAUUAUUGUAUUUGGAUUUUUUUCUAAAGUUCAGACAGUUAUAGUGGUAGGGAUUUAUUCCUUUGGACCAUACAGAUGUUUUUCUAAGAUCUGUCUUCUGAUCUAUUUCCAGAUUAUACGAUUCCCAUCCUGUAGAAACCUUCCCUACCAGCCAUAUCUAUUAAUGAUUCCUUAAAAUAGGAUAUUCACUCCAAAACUGGGACUGAUUUUUCACCAGUAUAGAAUCUAAAGAAGUAAUUUGAAUAAACUAAAAUUAAAUUUUGAUAGCAGGAGACAGCUUCCUGAUCUAGAUUAGUGUUUACGUUGAAUCUAAGUUUAAAAGUUUUAUUUGGAAAGGGAGGGGGUCGUCUUCAAUCUAUGUAAAUACUACAUGCUUGUGCAUUGUCAACAAAUUGUGUAUUCAUAUGUAUGAAUUUGUAAAACUUGUUUCUGCUUCAAGAGAAGCAAUACCUUUAAUUUUAUAAGGUCCCCUCUACCAGUAACCCUAUAAAUGUUUGUAAAUAGAACACUAAAUUUAUAGUGAUAUGAUUAACUUGGGAAUAUCUGCUGAGAGACCAAAAAGUUCAUUUUUUUAAAUACCUUGGUUAAAAAGUAAAGAUUGUUCCUCUUGCUUAUUUUUUAAAAGAAUGCACUUUAACAAACAGCCGCGUGGGCAAUUCAAACAAAUACAUAAGUGCAGUACCUAUUAAAUCAUUUCCUGGAAACAGUUCAACGGGUUGUUUAUCUCACUGCCUGUAGGUUGAAGCUCAGAAACUGAUCAAUUUUGAGACAAGCAGGGCUGCUACAAAAGCAAUGUGAAGACAGCCAGUAGCUUCAGGCAGGUCUGUAAAAUGGCGGGUCCCGUAUUUACCACUAUCAAAACUGACAGAAAAAGUUACGGUGAAAAGUUCAAUAAUCCUUCCUGCUGGUGUGCUCUCCUUAUAGUAGCAGACUUUUGCAAAACUGAGUUUUACAGUCUAUAUUUAAAAAAUUGUAUGUUUGUAACAAAUAAAGUAUGCUGAAAAGUGAA